GUGGAAUCCCAAACAGUUGACAUGGGAACUGAGAGUCCGGUGGACAUCGGAGGCUGUUGUGGUGACGCGAUUCUUGCGCUCUAAACAUCAAGUAUGGAUCCUUUAUUCAACACCAAAGAGAUGCCAAACGGGACAGUCGACUCCAACAGCACCAACAACGGAACCGCGUACUGGAACCAGUUCGUGCAGCCGGUGUGGAAGAUCGUCCUGUGGGCGAUCGCGUACAGCUGCAUAGUCGUGGUGUCGGUGGUGGGCAACGUAACCGUGAUCUGGAUCAUCAUGGCGCACAAACGCAUGAGGACCGUCACCAACUAUUUCCUCCUCAACCUGGCGGUCGCCGAAGUCUCCAUGUCCGUCUUCAACACGGUGAUCAACUUCGCCUACGCCGUGCACAACGAGUGGUACUUCGGACUGAUCUACUGCCGCUUCCACAACUUCUUCCCCAUCGCGGCUGUGUUCGCCAGCAUCUACUCGAUGACUGCCAUCGCCCUGGACAGGUACAUGGCCAUCAUCCACCCUCUUCAGCAGCGCAUGUCGUCCAAGGAGACCAAGGUGGUGGUUGGCGUGAUCUGGGUCCUGGCUCUGUUCCUGGCCUUUCCCCAGUACCACUACUCCAACACGUACCAGCUGCCCGACCGCAUGGUGUGCUACAUCGACUGGCCUGAGAAUACCGUGAUCGACUUCAAAAAGAUGUACCAUGUGUGUGUGACCAUCCUGAUCUACUUCCUGCCGCUGCUGAUGAUGGGCUGUGCUUACCUUGUGGUGGGCCUGAACCUCUGGGCCAGUGAGAUCCCAGGAGACUCCUCCGACCGCUACCAGGAGCAGCUCACUGCCAAGCGCAAGGUGGUGAAAAUGAUGAUUGUAGUGGUGUGUACAUUUGCCAUCUGCUGGCUGCCCUUCCAUAUCUACUUCCUGCUGCACCAGUUCUACCCUGAGAUGUUUGAAGAAACGUACAUCCAGCAGUUUUAUCUGGCCAUCAUGUGGCUGGCCAUGAGCUCCACCAUGUAUAACCCCAUCAUUUACUGCUGCCUCAACGACAGGUUCCGUGCUGGUUUCAAACAAGCCUUCCACUGCUGCCCCUGUGUCCCUCCAGGCUCUUAUGAAGGCCUGGAACUGAAGUCUACUCGGUACCUGCAGACCCAAACCAGUGUUUGCAAUCGAAGCCGGAUGGAGACGAUCGUUUCCACUGUCCUUCGUGCCGGGGAGGACGCGGAGCAUCCCAAGGUCAAGGCUAGAGGAGGCCUACUGGGAGGGGCCGCCGUUGGCGUGCAGCCACACAGUCCCUCCCUGGACCUGACUUCGAACGGCUCGUCGUCAAGGAGCGUCUCCAAAACUGUAUCUGAGACGUCCAGUUUCUUCUCCAAUAACAACCUGCAGGAAUAGUCCUGCUUUUCACCAGACAGUAGUCAGAGUGCGUGAGUUGACUGUUCACACGGUUGCUUUUGUCUUUUGAGGGAUUCGGGUGGAGUAUUGAGAGAGUGUGUGACUUUACUUGCUGGUGCCUGUUAGUUUCUGUGUGUGUGUUUUAAAGGAAAGUCGUCCUAUUGAUCUGUGUCCUUAUUCUCUGAGCACUGCCAUCAGCCACAGCCCUACUGAAGAAAAAAAAUAAUUCAUAAGGAUUCAUGUUUAUUGUACACUAAAGCCAAACGGCAGCAAAUCAAGAUUAGCACAUUCCAGUAUGAAGGCCAAGCAGAAGCUGCAGCUGAAGCUGUCAUCUCCCAUCUUCACAGCUUCCGAUCGUCAAUGCCGCUUCCUCUCAGUGCAGAAAAGAGGGGGCGGGGCUCACAGGUUCUCAAUCACACAAGCCAUGUGACUUCACACAGUCUAUUUUGGACCAGAGCCGCCGUAUAGCAUGAGACGAGCGUGAUGCAGGCAGGGCCUGGCUUUAACGGAGGGGCUUCUCUGAAAGACGAGAAAUUCUUCACACGUCUAGCUGAGAGAAGCCUCUGACGACAGGAGCGCUCCGACGUUUCCACCGUGAGGAACAAAGUAUCAAUUCUGAACUUUAACAGAGAAUUUUGGCGGUUGUUGUUCGUGUGUGGGCGUGUGUGCGUGUGUGUGUGUGUGCGCCACUUGAUCCGAAUGCUAAUUCUUAUCAGCCUGAGCAGGACCGCAUUGGGAAUCCACCGUGCAGAAUGUGUGUCUCCCCAAAAGAGCACUCUAAAGAUCCCCUGUGGGCUUUUCUGAGAAGUUCUGGCAAUCAGUGCAGACACCAGCAGCGACUGGCUCAUCUUUCAUCUGUCAAAACAUUGACUUCAACAGCUAGCAGCACCGUUUCUGAAAACAAAGGGUUUUUUUUGUUGAUAUUUUUUUUGACGUUGGAAAAGUAACAGCAGGAUGGAUUUCACCUGAAUCCAAACCGCAGAUCAAAGACAACCGUAUUUCAGAGUCCAACAGAUCUAAACAACUCGUAGAGCCCGGCGAGGAACUCACCGGUUCAGAGUUCUUGGCACCCUGCUCAGUGUUUAUCGAACACUUAAUUACGGGAUUAGAGUAGAGCGAUCUUACAGACUGUGAAGGAUUUACAGUGAGUAGCUGCUGUGUCUUUAUGUGCUUUGGCAGGAUUACGUUUACACCUCACACUGUGUCUGGAGCAAACGUCUCCUUGCUUCUGACAUCCUGUGUUUGAGGUGUAGAUGAUGAUGACUUCUGUCAUGUAGUCAUGUUUAUAAAGUGUAAAUUAGCCAACCGAGAAGGACUAUCAGGGCCGAAAGUCUUUGAGCAUCUUUUGGCCUGGAUUGUUAAAAGUCCGUAGUGUGUAGCUCUUUAACAUGCAGCCGUGUGCCUUGCUGCUUAGCAUAACGUCUGUGAGAGGCUGACAGGAUCACAGCAGCAGCUCAGGCUGCUGUUGUCCAGAGAAACGAGGCUGUGAGGCGAGGAGCCGCAGACACCCACCGGGACAGUCUGUUACAUCCUACAGCAUUAACACCCCACUCCCCACAUUCAUUUAUAUUCACAUAGUAAUAUGACCGGUGGGUUUAGAGUUUAUGCUUUGCUGCACUGUUCUUACUCAAACUCUUAAAAAAAAAGACUUUAAGGUAUAAUGUGAUAUAGUAUUAAUUGUUUAAAUGUGAUAUCUAUGGAAAAGGUUACUACGUUGUAUUCUUUCAUAGUUUCACUUCUCAUAAAUGGUCGGUUUGAUUAAUUGAUGUCUGAAUGUUGUACAAAUCUCCUGCAGUGUGUUUACUGGCUAAAUCCACAAGAUUUACAUAUUUGCUUUGUAAAAGAAAAAAAGAGACAAGACAUUAGCUAGGCAUUAGCUCACAUACUGCAGUGCCUCCAGUGAGGUGUUGAUGUCUCAAAUCUAGAUUUUGUUCACAUAAGGGAAAUGGCUUUAUGUUUGCAUCUUUUUAUAAAUGAUAUUUUACAGAUAUAGUCGGCUUACAUCCUGUUUUUAAAAUGGGUACUGCUGGAAAAAUCUGAAAAUGCCACGUAAACAUCCACACAUAAACACCAGUCACAACAGACUAUACAGUUAGUUAUUUUAAACAAGAAUGUCCUGAUAGGGAUUUUUGUCAGAUGGUUUGGGAAUAGGUAUGUGGUAAUACCGACUUCAAUUUUUUCUUAAAUUACUAGAAUCCAGUUCAUGUAUGUGCUCAAAACAAAUUACACUCCACAUUUAGUCGGUGUAAGAAUAUGCCAAUUAUAAGCACCAUAAAAUGCUCUUCAUUGAUGAAAGAGGUGCGUCCUCUUCAGCAGUCUACAAUGAACUCCUGUCUUAAACCUGCUAGUUUUAUGCUACAUAACUCGCUAGGCUAAAGUUUGCAAUGCUAACUUUGUGAGUUAACUUUAGCAUGCUAACUCACUGUUUGGAUAUGACUUGGUGAUCAUUCUGCUCCUAACACAGUUCGCUGUCACUCUCGUAAAAUGUGUGUGCACAAACCGUACGGAAAAGCAAAGUUCUUCACCGCCAUAAAACUCAACAGUAAGAAGACAGAGAAGGUGACGUGACACAGAAAGUAGAAAAAAACUUUAGAAUCUAAGCAGAAAACUCAACAGCAUAAUGUGCCAGGAACUCCCAGUGAAAAUGAUUAAAAACUGCCAUGUCAUCCUUUGUUUCUGUCUCAACUGUUGUGAAACGGUUACAAACCAACUCUGUUGAAAUGACAGUAAAUUUAACCUGUCAAUCAAUGAGGAUUUAAAACUACAUGGAGGUGACUUGAGGCUAUUCAGAAGCCCUGGGGGAAUAACCUGCUUUUAUAUGAGUCAGUUUCCAAUUUAAUAUGUGAGUAAAAGCAUCAAUUUUAGGAGAUUUUUGGAAUACAGUUGAACACGUUGGGCGAUGAAGACUUAAAGGUUGGCCUUUUUUCUAAAUAGAUUAUUCUGUCAUCCAUGUGGUAGCAAUUGCAUUUGUGAUCCGAUUACAAAGUUAGAAAUACCUUACACUAGCAAAAAGAGAACAUACAGAACUGUACUCUAAAAUUGAUAUCUUGGUUCACCCAUUCACGCACACAUUCAUACGCUGUGGAGCGAUGGUGGCAAGGGUGGUAGGAGUUCGCCCCGUAAUCGGUGGGGCGAUGGAGUGAGGAUCAAACCAGCAACCAACUGGUUGAGCCGGGUGUAUGCCCACUCCACCCACCUCUGCCUACUUCACCCACCUUGCCUGCUGGUGGUAUCGCCGGUGCAUGGCGACCUUGUUUCCGUCAGACUGCCCCAGAGUCUGACAGACUAUCUACUAUCUAGUAGCUUGUCACCAUCGGUAUGUAUACGUGAAUGGGUGAAUGACUGAUACUAAAGUCAUUCAUUGAAGCACUUUGAGGUCCUCUGGAACUGAUAAGGCGUUAUACGAGUACAGACCAUUUGCUGAUGGUGCCAAGCUACUGGAUAGUAGCCACAGCUGCCAUGGAGCAGUCUGAUGGAGUGGAGACUGCCAUGCACUGACACCACCAGGUCCUCUGACCUCCAUCAGCAGGCAAGGUAGGUGAACUGUCUUGCCCAGAGGCAGACAGAGCAAUUGCGGGACGAACUCCUACAAUCGUUGCCACCAUCACCUUAGAGACAAUAGUAGAGAGGUUGGGAUAUUGCAGCACAUCCACAGCUGUCUUGUGAGUCUGAAGAAGGUUUAUUACUUUGACCCCUGUGGUAUUGUGUAAGGUUUUGAAUGUUUUUAGGUCUAUCUAGUCCUUGCAUAACUGAAGCAAGUGCAGUGUCCGAUUCUCACACAAAGUCAACCUCAUUCCUUGUGUGGGUUGGACUUAUCCACGGUAGUUCCUUGUCACAAACCCUGUUUGAUGCUGUUGAUGGCACAGUCAUAGAGACGAGGUGUCUGAUUUGCUUACUUCAGGGUCUUUGAGUUUUGAAGAUAAGAUGUGAUUCUGUUGGUGUCUUCCAACCCUGUCCUUCAGCAUGUACUUUAGAGGUUCACAGCCAAGUGCAAAGUCACCCUCUAAAUCAGAGGUUUUGGACCAGAAAAGGGUUUAUUGCCAUCCAAAUGUCAGGGGGUUGAUCUUUGUUUCAAGCAGUGGAGCUUAGAUAUCUUGGUGUCUGGUUUAUGAGGGAUGAGAGGAUAGACAGAUUGAGGCCGCUUCUAAAUAAAUGCGAGACGUCCUCAUUCUAUCUGUCAUGGUAAAGAAAGCUAAGUUGAAAAGCAAAGUUCUUAGAUCCAUCACCUAUAGUCAUGCUACAUGGAUGAUGACUGAAGGAACGAGGUGCUGAAAUAAACGUCCUCUUAGUGGCCAAGUGACAUUUGUUCUACGUUCGGAGUACAGAUGCUGCUUCUAAGUACUAAGAUGAAGUGGUUUGGAUAUCCUAACUUUUGAAGACUUUUAUGGCCAACUCACUGGCAUAAUAUGGACAAUCCACAGUCAUUUUGUCUUCAACAGUCUUUGGUGCAGAUAAAGUUUUUGAUACGAGUCUGACAUUUUCUGCUGGGGAAACUCACAAACAAGUCAACAUUGGAUGUGUUUUCUCUGAGAAAAGACAAAAUAAGUCCCUGCUGAUUUUUUUUGACAAGAUGUGAUUCACACGUUAUUAGAGUGUGAAUCAUUCUAAUAACGAUGACUCUAUUGUCAUCCACUUUUUUGCCAAAAGGUUUAAUAAAAGUAUGAGUUGUGCAAUUAUGUUCCCAAGAUAUGCCAUUUAUCUGUCUUGAAUGGAGUCUCUAUCAGACUAGAGACUGCAAGGGAAGGAUAUGUAGUUUUGUUUGUAAACUAAAAGGAAAAAUGAUUCCUCAUCUCCUAUAGAUUGUGAUAAAUGGUCUUGAUGAUCCAUUCUGUCGUCUGUGUCAUGCGGAAAGGGCAAUUGUGUUUGCAGAAGCUCUGCCAAGAACCCCACUUCUUUCCACUGACUAAAGCUCUUGAAAAUAUCUUUACCACAUGUCUGAGGAGUGGGUUUGACAUCAAUACGUGUUGAAGUACACUACAGCUCAUCAUGAAAAGCUGCUACAGUCAAAUAUAACCCUCUUAAGCUUUCUUUGUUCAUAAAAAAAGCAUUUGAAAACCUGUCUCCAUCCUUGACUUGAAUAUGAAAAACACUUCAUGUUUUCUAACUAAAAUAAUUAAAAUAAUUGAAGUGAAAGAAAAUAUUGUGUAAUUUUACAUUUGACCUUAGAGAUACAACAUCGCUCGUUAGACCAUCUGCUAGACUUGUUAGAAGCUCAGCAUUAUUCUAAUUUAACCACAGAGACUCCACAGUCUGUGCCAGGGAAUAGAACUGGCUUUCUGUGGUGUUUAUUUUCCAAACCGGACCGGCGGUCCUGAUGCCGCCAGCGCUGUCAUGCUGCUCAGAGAACUGGACGGGGAAAUAUAUCAUCUUUCAGUGUAAUUAUUUCAGUGGGUCAGCUACAGUGGUUGUGCAGAGUGCGGCUUAUCAGCGCAAGUUGUGACAAAAAAACAUUAUAAAUAAAAAUUAAACUGAUCAAAAAGUAUAAAAAUUAAGCGGUUUGUUUUAAAUAUGUAUAUAAAAAAGUCUGUUAUUUUGGUGGUUAUUAGCAUUUACAAAUAAAAUGGUAUUUCUAAGUCAUUAAUAAUCAUGUUUAGGUUAAAUUAUGAAGUUAAAAAAUAGUAUUUAAUACCUAGUAAAGUACAACUAACAAACCCCAGAGAUACUGACACAAGUUUCAUACUCUGACUUAAAGAUACAGUAUGUACCUUUUAUUUUUAAACAAUCCAUUUUUUACAUAUCUGUUCAAAUAGAUAAUACUGUAUGUGAAAAAAUCUCCCCAGUCUUCUCCCAGUGCUCACAGUAUGAACUGCAGAAAUACACCACUCAGUCAGAAACAACCAAUCAGAGCCAGGAGGAGGGUCUUGACGCUGUCAAUUACUCUUGUGCUCACACACUCCCCCUUGCUCUUUGCUAAACUACAGGUGGUUCACCACAACAUAGCCUGCCACCAAUGCUAAGGCUGGUUAGCAUAGCCAAUGACGACGGAUGGUUUUUCUGCAACGGCAAGUUGUUUCUCUGCCAUUAGCACAUUGAGCAAAACCUUACAUGAGGUUGAUUGACAGCACUAACACAAUCCUCCUGACUCUGAUUGGGUGAUUUUGGUCAGAAGUGGUUCUCUACUCUUUACACUGAUUAUGUGUCAUAAUAGUUUUAAUAAAUAUGUAAAAAGCAUGUUCUUUGCAACAAUUAUGUACUGCAGCUUUAACCUUCUUAGCGCUUCCUUGCCUACUUGGAAUAUUUCACUUUUCUGCUUCAUAUAAGACCACAAAGCUAAACUGGAUUCUUAGGUUAGCAGCUGAUCUGACUGUUGUCUGUUUAUUCCGGUCCAUGGAUUCACUAUAAGUGACCUUUAUCCCACAGGAAAACUUCAGGAGAAGAAACCCUUCACUCUACAAGCUGAGAGAGGCUUAACUACACAGUAAUUUUUCUUAGAUUGUUUUUUUUUUGUCAAAGAAGUGACUCUAAACAGAAAGGAGCCAUCAAAUUUGAAAUUCAGCGAUAGGCCUGCCAUGAUGUAACACACUCCUACUAUCAGCAUAGUCCAGCUGUCUGAGCCAGAGAGGAGUGUAGGAGUUGAAUGAACACUGUAAACGAUCCCUCCAGAAAGCAACCCCAUCACCUGCGUCUAACCUUAUCAUGACCAGAGAGCCAGGACUGGCUCUGAGUCUGCCUCAUGACUGACUGCACACUGUGUAUGCUGCGCUGCAGACGGGUCGAGUGGAGUGGGUGAACGAGGGACUGGGGGCUUUAAUGAAUAUGUAAUCAACUUUGUUCCAACGAGUGCUUCUUAGACGAGCGUCCUUUUUAGCCUCUCGAGCACACAAACACGCGCUCUCACCCGGCCGCCGCUUGAUGAGAGAAGCGGAGACGGAGAAUACGGCAGAUUGUUGCCGACGAUCGGCACCAGGCAGCCUCCACAGUGGGGUGAAUAGCCUCAUCAGCACCAUCUCUUCCUGGGUUGCUACCCAUCCCUCGCUCUCCAGUCACGCUAAUUACAGCUGAGGAGGGGAGAAGGCAACUAGCCAGGCAAUAUGUCUUUGUGGGGACUUUCCAUUGACUUCCAUUCAUUUCUACAGCCUAAACCUUACACUUACCCUUAUCCUAACCCUACCCAUUACAUACCUAACCCUAACCAAAACUCAAUUCAUACCUUAGUCCUAAAUAUGACCCCUGAUCCAAAUACAGCGUUUCCCCUUGUGGGGACCAGGCUUCGGUCCCCACAAGGAGCAGUGUGUCCCCACAACGUAGUAUAUGUCAGGAAAAUGGUCCCCACAAGGUAUUAGAAACAAACACACACACACACAGAUGGUGCAUGUGCCAGCAGAUCCCAUUGUUAAGGCGUAUAGAUGACACAAGAGCACACUGAAGUGUGUGUUAAGAUCUACCAGUUGUAUAAGUAGAGUGUCACACGAGUUCACCUUAAUUACCUCAUCAGUCAUGGUGCAAGGAGGAAAUUGCUGUUUAUAAAAACAGAGAUUGUUUUUUUUCCAGCAGAGGAAAAUUAUGGUGCCAGAUCCCCAAACAGACAGUUUUCAAGGCUUUGAGCCACAACUCACAAAUCAGGUCAAGCUAACAGCAGCAGUUCUUAACGUAGAAGUUGUUGCUGUUGAGAGGACACUCUUGGCUAGCCAUUUUCAGGAUCAGCAAGGAGAGAGAAAAAGUGAAUUCUGUGGUUAGAUAUGUUAAAGAACAAUGUAUUUUAUGAAGUCAAAACUUUAUUUAUUAAAUAACCAGGGCAGCCGACAACAGGCUGAAUGUAUUAAAGGAGCGGUAUUAUGUAAAACUGACUGUUUGGAGAAUUAUAUCCUCUUCUAUUGUUAUUUUCUCAUUAAACACAUACUUGGA